AUGAGCCAGGAAUCUUGCUGCACUUGUGCGCGUCUACUUGUGCAGAUAGAGAGGAAUGAAGGGAAGAGCGGCCUACCUUCUUACUCGGCAUCUACGCUAGGAAGCAAUUCUUCCCUUCAAUCGACGAGAAGUGGUUCAAGUUUGAAUGAGAAAAUGAAAGAAGAAGUGGUCUUCUCAGAGAAGAGCCCGGCAUAUGACAUGGAGAAGGAAACAGAAGACACACACUGGAAUGAGAAAGAAAGGAGAAGUAGCAGAGAAAAUAGAAGGUUAUCAUGCUGUGGACGCAUUAUCUGCGGGGAAUGUAUAGAGGGCAAUGAGAGAUUCGGGAGUUACUGUCCAUUCUGUCAGGUUAGAAGUGCAGAAGCGGUGGACAAUUCGGUAGCAGCUUCUGCGCCGUCGGACAAACCGCCUUCCUACGAAUCCCUUCAUUCCUCUUCCGAAUCGAAUCCACGACCUUCCCCUCCUACUUACUCUCCCGCUCUAGACUCCAAAUCACAAGCCCUACCACAGUUGGAGUCGAAAACCGAACCACAAUCUGAAGAUACCCUCCAUUUCCUCUCGCACGCCACCGAUUCCAUGACUUCUCUAUCCUUUCGCUACGGUGUACCAAUUGAUGUGUUGCGAAAGAAAAAUGGUAUAACAAGUGAUCACCUCCUUCUGGCUAGGAGAACAAUAUUGAUACCUGGGGAAUGGUAUAAAGGGGGAGUGAGUUUGAGCCCGCGGCCUGUGGAGGGGGAGGAAGAAGAGAGGAAGAAGAGUUGCGUGAGGAGAUUCAUGGUUGGGUGUAAAGUUUCUGAAUACGAUAUUGCAGUCCUAUAUCUCGAACAAGCGAACUACGACCUUGAGCUCGCAAUGGGAAUAUAUAAAGAUGAUGAGAGAUGGGAGAAAGAAAAUCCUAUAUCGAAUAAAGGGAAAGGAAAGGGAAAAGGGAAGUCGAGAUAUGAUGUUGCGAGAAGAAGAUUCACAGGACAGAGAUCAUGA